AUGGUGCAGAAGUCACAGAAGAUUUUGGCCGUAAAGGGUGUGAAACAAGUUAACAAGGCAACCAGUGCAGAAUGUGGAACACUGGUUACAACAUGUUGUAUUAUAAAUGCUCUCGGUAGCAGCCUACCACCUGUCAUGAUAUUUCCACGUGUGAAUUUUAAAGAUCAUAUCAUAUUAGGAGCACCUGCAGGCACAUUAGGUCUUGCCGUUAAAGGAAGCUGGGUGAACUCAGAAUGUUUUGUGAAGGUCAUUUGUCACUUCGUCAAGUUCUCUGCCAGCUCAAAAGCAAAUCCACCUUCGUUACUGAUGGAUAAUCAUGAGAGCAUCCUCUCAAUAGAGGCAAUAGAUCUGUGCAAAGAUAAUGGGAUAACAAUUCUGACAAUUCCACCUCAUUGCACCAAUAUGCUGCAGCCUCUUGCUGUCAGUGUCAUGAAACCUAUCGAUACCUUUCAUGAUGUUGCUGUAAACACAUAG